UUAUUUGUCUCUCGCCUAUUACGUACGUUUAUAGGAAGCUACGCUAUAUACGUAUACUAUUAUAAUCGAUUUCUGUUUCUCGAGAAGAGUCUCUCUCGCCAAAUAAUCAUUUUAACGAGUCCAUUUCGCCAACACGAGAGGAACAUGUUGUAGAAUUGGAAUACAUGUGAUAGAUAGAGGAACGUUUAUACGAAUAAAAUGGGAGAAGGGAGAGAAGGUAGACACUUUUUCUUUUCUUUUGAGAAAAGGAAAAAAGAUGGUAGUCGACUUUUUCCUCCCUUUUAUAUAUAUAUAUAUACCUAUAAUUACCCGUCGCACCUUCAAAAUAGUAUUUUUAUAAAUUAUCUCUCCGAUAUAAUUAUUUCAUUACGACAUUCAAAAUGUAUUUACUUAAAAAAAAAAAAGAACGCUUCGAAUGCUACUCUAUCCAACGUAUAAAAACCACUAAAACAUUUUUCUAAAGCAAAUAAUAUAUCUUCACUUUUGAUCAACAACGAUACGACGCGACCGAAGAAAUAUCGAUCAAGAAAUAACUCAAAAAAAAAAAAAAGAGAAAAAAAAAAGGAAAAAUAAAAUAGAAAAGAGAAAGGAAAAGAGAAAACGAGAAGUUUCUCGACGAUAGUUUUAUUUAAAAACUAAAGAAAUAAAGAACUAAAGGAAAGGAAAAGAAAAAAGUGUCUGGAUGCAAUUCGAACACCCGUUGCAAUUCACCCUUCGAAUCUCGAGGGGGUGAUAUUCGAGGGGGUCUGGUAUUACAGAGUCGCAGAGAAAGAGACAGAGAGACAGAGAGAGAGAGAUAGAGAGAGAAAGUAGAAAGAGAUUGAAGAGGGUGAGAGGGAAAUAGUAAUAGUAGUGUAGUAGUAGUAACAGUGGUGAUGGUGUGUAGUAAUGUUGGUAAGUGGUAUGGUGGUAGUGGUGUUGUGAUGCUAGUGAUGGUAAUGUUGAUGGUGGUGGUUGCGUUCGUUGGAAGACACCCCUUCCAAGUUCGAUUCGCGUAGUGUCGCGUCGCGUCGUGUAGCGUCGCGACGCGACGCGUCGACGAGUAGCAGGAGGGACGCCGACGUCGGGACGCCGCGUCGCGUCGAGUCGAGUCGAGUCGAGUCGAGUCAGUAUCCGCUAACGACAUACGUACAUACAUAGGUACACAUACAUAUAUAUGCGUGUGUGUAUGUAUGUAUGUAUGUAUGUAUGUAUGUAUGUAUGUAUAUUAUAUCGGAGCAUUGCUGCAUGUGACUUUCAGUUACUAAGAGAUUCUACGAACGUUGCAUCGGAGAUCUCGUUGAGACGAGUGUCUAAGAGAGAAAGAGAGAGAUAGAGAAAGUAUGCAUAUGAGAGAGAUAGGAGGAGAAAAGAAAAAUUGAGAAGUGUAGAAAGAAGAAAAAAGAAUUAAGAAAUAAAUAAAUAAAGAAUAAAGAAUGAAAAUAUCGAACGCAUAGGUACAGUGGUACGCGUUCGUUUUAUACGAGAUACAGUGUGGAAAAUGAUGAAUCCGAAGAAUAGACAAAGAUAGAAGUAGGAGAAGAGUGGAAAAUAAGGAAGUAGAGAGAAAGAGAGAAGGAAAAGAAGGAAGGAAAGAAAGGGAAAAAGAAAUGAUCGUAUAGUUUGUGCGAAAGACGAGAAGACGAAGAAUUCGUAAGAUAGAUAAGGAGAGGACAUAUAUCUAUAAGGAAAACAGUGUAUGUGAGAGAGAAAGAAAGAAAAAAAGAAAGGAGGGAGAGAGAGAGAGAGAGCGAGUUUUAUACUCGUGUGUAUAGGAGUCCUCCGACGUGCCGUUCAGUCUCGGCCGAACAAAGAAAGGCUCCCUCGGUCGUGUUCGUCGGCGAGGGUCGUUUCCGAUCGACGAACCGCCAUUCGUAUGUACGUGUAGAUAUGUUUGUGUAGGUUACAUAUACCGAGUCCCUCUUCGUUCGUCUUCGGCGCACCUCGUGGUUUACGGGCGCGCACGAAGCGGUCAGUCACGUAGCAGCGGCCGAGCCGUGAGGAACAAAGGAAGGUCGGAAGGAUAGAUAGAUAGAGAGAGAGAGAAAGAAAGAGAGAGAAAGAAAUAGAUAUAGACUUUGUGCGUGCGAGAAAGAGAGACAGAUAUAUAGAUAAAUAGAACGUAUAUUCGUUACUUAUCGAAUAUUUUCUGCUGCUACAUAUAUACAUAUUGUGAAAUAAUAUAACGACGAUCGACCUUAGAAAGGAGAGAGACAGAAAGAGAGCGUGAGAGAGAGAGAGAAACGAAAAAAAAAAAAUUCAAAAGGAAUAUAUAACUUUUCGUCGAAAGAAAAAAAGAAGAAAGUGACUGUGUGUACUGGUGUCCUACGAUUCUGUAUCAACGUUAUCGUCAUCAUCUUGUUUAUCUACUUGUUCUACUUCUCUUCGUUCUUCUACUUCUUCGUCAUCCUCUCAUUCUCGCCUUCCUUCUUCGUUCGCCCUUACACACGGAUUAUCCUCGUUUUAACGGGAUGCCGGUUGAUUGAAGAUGGCCUCGCCGACACCCUCGCUGGAAUCGCGCGCGAAUUCCCUCGGGUCCCUGGCCUCGCUGUCCCCGCUAACGGUGAGCGGCAGUUCCCCACCUGCUAGCGACUCGGCGAUCUGCGACGUCGACAGUUGCGACCUCUGCCUGGACGCACCGAAAGCAGGGGAGGCCUGUCCCCGUUGCCGUCUUGGUGGUGCCGCCGGCGUACGUUGUACCGGGUGCAAGUCUACAGAGUCAGACGCGGUAGCCCGUUGCUUCGAUUGCGCCAAUUUCCUUUGUCCAAACUGCGUCAUGGCCCAUCAAUUUAUGCAUUGUUUCGAAGGUCACCGAGUAUUAAAUCUCGGGGAUUCGAAACUGGAGACGGUGAACAACGGCGGCAAUUCCACGACGGAAUUGCCGAAGAACAAUCUAGUUAUCAACGGUGGUAACAGCAACGAAGAAAAGACGUUGUUCUGUCCGCGUCACAAGCAGGAACUAUUGAAAUAUUUUUGCCGUGCGUGUACGGUAUUGGUAUGUAAGGAAUGUACGAUCACCGAUCACCCCGGUCCAUUACACGACUGCGCCCACGUCUCGGAGGUCGGACCGCAACAAAUGGAGGCAGUAGCAAGGGCGGUACAAGAGUGUCGGGCCAAAGCCGCCGACGUUAGGGCCGCUGUCAAAGCGGCCGAUCACGGUGCCGCCCGAUUACAAGUACAAUAUCACAAGGCGCAGAACGAGAUUAACGACACCUUCCAGUUUUACAGAUCGAUGUUGGAGGAACGUAAGCAAGAACUAUUGAAGGAAUUAGAAUCCGUAUUCUCGACGAAACAAAUAUCGCUCGGUGUAUUAACGCAAAAGGCGAACGAGAUGGCCGAUAAGAUACAACAGACGUGCGAGUUCGUCGAACGUUUGAUCAAAUAUACGACGGUCACGGACGUACUUAUGGUUAAGAAGUUGUUGGACUCUAAGCUACAAGUAUUGCUGAGCUAUACGCCCGACAUAUCGAAUCAAACGACCGACUUAGAAUUCGUCAGUAAUUAUCAGGCUAUACAGGUUGGCGUUAGAAACACGUUCGGUUAUGUACGUAGUAAUAGCGAGACGGGUAACGCUGGACCGAUUGGGAAGCAACCACCGAUAGCACGUCCAACCGCAUUGUCAAGUAACGGUAGCAACGGAAGUAACAACGGUAACGGACCUGGCAGCGCUGGAACGUUGGGAGGUUUGCUUUUAGAUCGACCGUAUAGCAACGGAUUGAUAUCUUCGAGUUCUAAUUGCGCAUCGUCGACCUCACCGUCACCGUUCGACACCACUAGCAACAACGGAGCCGGUGGCGGAGGUGGUGGCGGCGGCGGCGGAGGAGGCGGAGGCGGAGGCGGAGGAGGCGGGAGCAGCAACAGCGUCAUUACGAAACGCUUCAGCUCGGCCAACAGCCUCGGACCCUUUUCGACGACGAUAAGCGAGCUCAAUUUGAACGGCAUGAACGCGAAUCCCUACGAGAAAUGGAGCAACGGUGGUAGCGACGCUUAUCCCGUUGUAACGAGCAACGAUCAUUUCCCAAUGCCGACCGCGGUAUCCGUAACACCUAACGCGGCACCGGGCGAGUCCGUCCUCGACCUUACCUCCAAGCUCAUGUCGGCCGCUGCUAUAUUCCCGUUGAAGUCUCAAAUAAAGCGACAAAAAAUGAUUUACCAUUGCAAGUUCGGUGAAUUCGGUGUUAUGGAGGGACAAUUCACCGAGCCCUCUGGUGUCGCCGUUAACGCACAAAAUGACAUUAUAGUCGCCGACACGAACAAUCAUCGUAUACAGAUAUUUGACAAGGAGGGUAGAUUCAAGUUUCAAUUCGGUGAGUGCGGCAAACGGGACGGACAAUUGUUGUAUCCGAAUAGGGUCGCGGUCGUACGUACCUCCGGUGACAUCAUAGUCACCGAGAGAUCGCCCACCCAUCAGAUACAGAUUUACAAUCAGUACGGACAGUUCGUUAGAAAAUUCGGUGCUAACAUAUUGCAACAUCCGCGCGGCGUUACCGUCGACUCGAAAGGGCGCAUCGUCGUCGUCGAGUGCAAGGUCAUGCGCGUUAUCAUAUUCGAUCAAGCGGGCAACGUACUCCAAAAGUUCGGCUGUUCCAAGCAUCUCGAAUUUCCGAAUGGCGUUGUCGUUAACGACAAACAAGAGAUCUUCAUUAGCGACAAUCGGGCCCAUUGCGUCAAGGUAUUCAAUUACGAGGGCGCAUAUCUACGUCAGAUCGGCGGCGAGGGUAUUACGAAUUACCCGAUUGGGGUUGGAAUCAAUGCGGCCGGUGAAAUAUUGAUUGCCGACAAUCACAACAAUUUCAACUUGACGAUAUUCACGCAGGACGGCCAACUUGUAUCGGCAUUGGAGAGCAAGGUCAAGCAUGCUCAAUGUUUCGACGUGGCGCUUAUGGACGACGGCUCGGUUGUAUUGGCGAGCAAGGACUAUCGUCUUUACAUUUAUCGUUACGUUCAAGUACCGCCUAUCGUUAUGUAGACCAGCGAGCCGUCACGACGACGACGAUGAUCAUCGUCGUCUCGGGACAACAUUUUUUUUCUUAUUCCAUUAAUUAUUAUUAUUAUUACUAUUGCAACUAUUGCUACGUUUAUUAUUAUUAUUAUUAUUAUUAAUAUUAUUAUUCUUAUUAAUAUUAUCAUUACUAUUAUUACUAGUACUAAUACUACUACUACUACUACUACUAUUACUACUACUAUUACUACUACUACUAUUAUUACUACUAUUACUACUACUACUACGAUUACUGUAAUAAUUGUCCCUCUCGCCGUCGUCGUCGUCGUCGUCGUCGUCGUUCAACUCGCAUCAUCAUCAUCGUCAUCGUUAUCGUCAUCGUCAUCAUCGUCAUCAUCAUUAUUAUUAUUUUUAUUAUUAUUAUCGCUAACAACAAUCCAUCGAGAAAGAAUUGAUCUUGUCGAUCUUUUUCUACCUAAACUCGUCGCCAUUACCGGCGCCGCCUAUCUUCUUCUUCGUCGAUCAUCCUGCGUCGUCGUCAUAGUUAUCGCAAUCAUUGUCAUCUUUACUAUCCUCGUCAUCGUCAUCGUCAUGACGUACUCGCUUAUUCGAUUGUCAAACAACAACAAGCAUCGGUUCUCAACCUUGUUGUAUAAGACUCAUAAGAUAUUUUUUCUCAGAGUCAACAUACGAGCACCAAUCGCGAGAAGGAAGAAACUUCUUCGUGCUCUCUCCUCCUCUUCCUCCUCCUCCUCCUCCUCCUCCUCCUCCUCCUCCUCCUCCUCCUCCUCCUUCUCCUAUUCCUACUCUUCCUACUCCUCUUUGUUUAACCCUCUCUCACUCGCGUGCGUCUAUUUAUCGGACGGAGACCUUUUAUUAGGCACACGCGCGCACAAACGCUACUAAUAAUCACAGAUGACGAUCACACGGACAUAAUUACUUACACAUACGCGCCCACUACUACUACUACUACUACUACUUACUACUAUUACUACUACUACUACUACUACUACUACUACUACUACUACUACUACUACUAAUACUACUACUGAAUACUUAUAUACUACACCGGUAUUACUAUUGUUACACUUACAAUGCAUAUGGCGUAUAAACCUUUCUCAAAGGUAUUUAUUAACCAUAUUCACGAUUUUAAAAAUAUACACGUACACAGAAAUACACACACACACACACACACACAUCUAUUAAUUAACUCGUAUACAUAUAACGGCACACGUGGCGCGUCGUCGUGCUUAACAUAACACACACGCGCGAAACUUACUUGUUAAUGUUGUUAUAAACUGAAAAUACUGUUGUUGUUGUUUAGUUGUAGAGCUCGCCGCCGCUAGUCACUCUCUCCCUCUUACCUUGUCUCCUCUUAUAUAUAUAUAUCUCUCUCUUUCUUUCUAUUUAUCUAUCUAUUUAUCUCUCUCUCUCUCUCCCUGUCUCUCUCUCUCUCUCUCUCUCUCUCUCUCCUUUCGAUUCACGAUUAAUUCAUACGAGAAAGUGAAACGAAUAUUACGUACACAUAUAAAGCAUUCGUACACAGAUUGGUUACAUACAUGAAGCUUUCGUACAAAGUUACACAUACACAUUCGUACACGGAUUACACGAUUACACACAACACCUACGUUUCCUUCCUCUUUUCUCGUAAUGGUUGUAAACGAUCCUCUUCCAAAGCUUUUCGAAACGAAACCAGAGAAAAAAACAAACGGUAAAAACAAAAAAAACUCGAAACAAAAUCAAAUGCACGAAAAAAGAAAAAAAAAAGAAAAGAAAGAAAGAAAGAAACGAACGAACGAACGAAGGAGAGUCGACAAAUUAUUUUCUUCUCGCGAUUCUUAGCUCUAAAACUACUCGUCUCUCGUUGUUGUUCGAUUGACGACAACGUAACGGAGUUUUCAAGCGAUUGAGAGAAUCAAAAAAAUAAAUUAGCGAAUGAACGAAUAAAUAGAUAUAUGCAGAAAAAUUGAAGAGAAAGAAAGGAGUAUAAAAGGCAAAAAAAAAGAAUUGAAGAUUAUCAAGAUUAAUAACGAACGAAAAGAGGAAAAAAGAUGGCGAAACAUGCCGUCGUCCCGUUGUUUGAAAUAUAAUUUCGAAAGAAACGUGAAAGAAGAAGUAACAGAAGAGAGAGAAGAAUGAAAAAUUGAAAAAAACGAUCGCACGAGAACGAACUUUCGUUUAUAUUCCUCUCUUCCUCGUUAACGAGCGAGCAAGGAAAAUUAAUUUUUUUUUUUUUAAAUCGCACGACUCGAUAAUAUCUCAACGUGUCUUAUGCAUUUUCACUUCUCUAACAAAAUGGCCGUCGUUACGCCGUCGCGUGUCAUAAGUUUGAUCCUUUUUUUCUAUAUAUUUUUUUUUUUUUUAUUUUUUCUUACAUACAUACAUACAUACAAAAUUCUUUUUUCUUUCUUUUUUUAUUUUUCCUCCCGUAGACGGGAGAUCUAUUAAAAAAAGAAAAAGAAGAAAAAAAAAAACAAAAAAAAACAAAAAAAAGCAAAAAAAAAAAAAGAAAAAAAAAUCGCAACGAAAAAGAAAGAAAAGAAACAAAAAUUCUCACGUUGCCAGUUGCAUCCAUCCUUUUGUUGAUCGUUAAAAAAAAAAAAGCGACGAUAUAAAGAAGAAGAAGAAGAAGAAGAAGAAGAAGAAGAUAAUGAGACAAAAAAAUAACUAACCUAAGAAACAUAAGCGAAAGUGGAAUUUCAAUGGAGGAAUGAGGAUGGAGAAGAGAGAGGGUGAGACUCUCUCUUUCUCUCUCCUCUUCGAAAGGAGUUUAAAAAAUAUUCGUACUCCCAUCUACCCAUCCCACAAAUUUACGAUGAUGAUAUCAUUCCCAAUCAUCGUUAUUAUUAUUCAUUAUCAUUAUUAUUUUUAUUAUUAUUAUUAUUAUUAUUAUUAUUAUUAUUAUUAUUAUUAUUAUUAUUAUUAAUAUUAUUAAUAUUACUAUUACUAUUAUCAAUCAUGUGUAUCAUAUAUAAUUUUUCUUUACUAUUCCUAAUAUCCUUCUCAUAAUUGUUUGUUUUGUUUGUUUGUUUGUUUUCUUUUUUUUUCUUUUUUUUUUUCUUUUUAAAUAUAAUAUGCUUCUAAAAGUACUUUCCUUCCUAUCUCCUUCCACCCUUAUCUCUCUCUCUCUCUCUCUCUCUUUCUUUCUCACACACACGCGCGCACGCACACACACACACAUACAUACAUACAUUUAUUCCUUUUCUUUUUCUUUUCUUUCCCAUUCUUUUUUUCUUUCUUUCUUCCUUUCUUUUUUAUUUUUUAUUUUUAACAAAUCCUUGCAUCUCCUGGGGAACGAUGAUUGUGAUGAAAAAAUAAUAAAAGCGAUAAUGACGAUACAUACAUUGAAAAGAGAGGAGAAGAGAGAAAAGAUUAAUUGAGGAAAUAAAUAAAAAUAGGAAAAUGUAAACGUAAUUUAUCCAAGGGACAAAAAGAAAGAGUGAAGGAGAAAGAUGAAGAUGGAGAGAAAGAGAAAAAGAGAGACAAAAAAAAUACAUAGAAAGACAGAGAGGUGGAGAGAGACAGAGAGAGAGAGAGAGAGAGAGAGAGAGAGAGAGAGAGAGAGAGAGAGAAGAAUGAAUGAAACACACACACGCACACGCACUUAAAUAAAAAAAAGAAAAAGAAAAGAAAAAAGAAAAAGUGGGAGCUUAUCUUAACGUUCGAACUAUCGCUUAUGUUAUGUUAUUUCAUUUUAUUACCGACGAAAUAUGAUAACGACAUAAUCUUAUUACCAUAAUGACGUCCAACAAUCUGGAAUAAUAAUUUUACGAAAAGAAUAUUGACAGAUAUUGAUAGAGAAGGAAUAUAUUAUAUUCAGCUUUUAUAUAAUACGUACAAUAAUACAUAGAUAUAUAUACGUAUAUAUAUAUAUAUAUAUAUAUAUAUAUAUAUAUAUAUUAUACUUAUAUUAUACUUAUUACGACUUUUGCGAUGGUUCAAUCAAUAUGAUAAGUCUUGCUUCACUAUUAAAAUUAAGGAAUGGGAUGAAACGAGAAAAGAAAAAAGAAAAAGUAAAACAAAAUAGAAAAGAAGAUAUUAUAAUAAUCAUGAUCAUUAAAAUAUAAUUCUUCCUUUUCCAUUCACGAUGAUAGUCGACUUCACAUAUUCAUUCAUUCGCUCACUCACUCACUCACUGACUCACUCACUCACUCACUCACUCAUUCACUUAUUCAUUCAUUUAUUCAUUCACAAAAUACAUUAAAUACUAGCGAGCGUACACAUGUUAAUAUUCAUAUAAUUCAGACGCACACACGCACACAAAAUAUAUAUGUACAACCUCGUCCUGAAACUUGUAGUGGUGUUUAAAUGUAGCUGUAGUUAUAUAGUUAGUGAGAGUUUUGUAGUAUGCGUGUAAAACAUUUUUCUAUCCUUUGUUUUCGUCUCUCUCUCUCUCCCUCUCUUUCUCUUUCUCUCUCUCUUUUUCUAUCUAUCUAUCUAUCUAUCUAUCUAUCUAUCUAUCUGUUUAUCUAUCUGUCUGUCUGUUUCUAUUUGUUCAUUCAUUUACAAAAUUUUUUAUUACGGAAAUGCCUCCAUACUUCAUCAUCAUUAUUAUUAUUAAUAUUAUUAUUAUUAUUAUUAUUAAUAUUAUUAUUAUUAUUAUUAUUAUUAUUAUUAUUAUUAUUAUUUCAUAUAACAUUUCCACCAUACUUAUUUCCACGAGCCAUUACUUCGCGAUGUCCUUUGUUUUCUUUUUCAAUAGGACCGGUAGAAAAAAAGAAAAAAAAGAAAAACGGAAAAAAAAAGAAAAAAAAAUCCCACAAAACGAUAUUUGCCUCUAGUGUUCUUCUCUGUGCGAUCGUAUAGUAUUAAUAUAUUUUGUUGGAUGAGUCGGCAAAUGGCGGAUUGGUUCCUUAGAAAAAUAAUAGAGACCACCGUAAAAUCCGAUUUCGUGCAUGUUUGCUAUUACUUUUUUAUUAUUUUUUUAUUAUUAUUAUUAUUAUUAUUAUUACUUAUUAUCAUCAUUAUUAUUAUAUUAUUAUUAUUAUUAUUAUUAUUAUUAUAUUAUUAUUAUUACUUAUUAUUAUAUGUGUAUACGCGUGUGUAUGAUGAGACGUGUAUGUAUGAGUGUGUAUGCGUAUAUUAUUAACUCGAUUUACUAUGAUCUUUUUUUUACUAUUCUUCCUGAUUUUUUUUCUGCACUAUACUUUUGUUCUUUCGUUCUCCUUUUCUUUAUAUAUAUACACAUAUAUAUAUAUAUAUGUAUGUAUAUAUAUAUUCUCCACUCAUACUGUCUCCUCAAAGAAACGCGUAAGUGUGAAUGAUUAGUCUUAAUUUCACUCCCACCCCUUAUUUCCUACCCUAUUCCCUUAGAUGAAAUCAUAUAUUCCUGAAUAGUAAUAAUAAUUAUUUUUUCUAUAUAGAUCUUUUCUUUCUUUUUUUUUUUUUUUAAGUAGGUAAGAGAAAGAUAGUAGAUCGAUUGGAAUAUGAAUGAAGGACUUUAACAAAAAUAAUAGAAAAAAUAGAAAAGGAGCAUGGCUAGCUGGCUCGUCUGUGAAUCAUCCCUUUUCAAGCUCGUCUUUUCUCGUAGACACACUCGCUAAAUACUAUGCCAAUCAAGAGAUUACGCGUUUUCAAUAACUAUUAAUUUUUUUUUCCUUUUUUUUUCUCGUUUUUUCGGAAGAAAAAAGAAACAAAUGAGACCGGUCAGAACAUUUAUCCGAAAGUUACGGAAGGUCAAUUAUCGUCAGUCCGUAAUUUUUGGAUCGCUUGGAGAAAUUUUGUUCUAUUUUUUUUUUUUUUUUUAUUUUUAAGUUUGACAUAGUUAAGGAAUUUAAAUAUGAAGAGAAUGAAAAAAGAAGAUAGAGAGUGGUGGUGGGAGAAGACAAAAGAAAGAAAUAAAACAAAAUUUAUUCUUGAUUACUUAAAGGAAGAAUCGUUUAAGUCGUGCGUUCUUAAAAGAUUUUUACAAAAAAUAUAUAUAUAUAUAUAUGUAUAUAUAUAUGUGUGUGUGUGUAUGUAUAUAUGUGGUGUGUGUAUACACAUAUAUAACACCGUAGUUGUUAGAAGAUUAGAACGGAGAGAUUUCUAUUUUUUUCCUGUUCUUUAUCGAAAUAUAAUUCUUUUCUAAUGAAUCAUUAUGGAUCUAUAGAUCGUUAAAAAAGUGACGGAGAUAAUGUUUAUUAUGGAUUUUGAUAUUAAAUAAAUUUGUUAGUUCUAUUUAUAAAUUUUGGGAAAGUAAAUGAGGAUUAAGUACAAAGAAAGAGAGAUAGAGAGAGAAGGUGGGAAGAUCGAACUCGUAUGAACGAUUUUGAUCGAUAACAUUGAUCAUUUUUGUCUUUCAAAUUCGUUCGUAAAAAAACGAAUACGAAUUUCUCACUUUUCUUCUUUGUUAGAAUUUAUGAUGAUGAUUUUUUUUUAUUUUUUUUUUUUUUUAAUUACUAAAAUAAAACACGAACGAACGCACAGACUUUUUCUAUCGUUUGUAUUUAAAAUCAAUGAAUGUAUUAAAACGAGAGGGAGAAUUCUAAAUGUUCAAUCGUCAUUAUUGAACACUGUCAAAGUACCGUUCAAAUUCGAUAGGAAAAUCUCGUUUAAUUAUUUUUCCCCUGAUGGAUCAUUUUUUUUUUUUUUAAGCGUAAUGCAUUGAUGAUUAUUUAAGAAAAAGAAAAAAAAACAAAACAAAAAGACAAGAAUGAUUAAUUAAAUGAUUAAAUAUGACGAAACGCGAAAUCGAAAAAUAAAAUUCUUUUGAUCACGCGUGAAGAUAGAAGUAUUAAAUAUUUUUAGUCGGCUUUAAUAUUUCUUUUUUUAUCUUAUUGAUAACUUUGUUUAUAAUAUAAAAAAAUGGCAUGUGUAUAUAUACAUAUACAUACAUAUAUAUAUAUAUAUAUAUAUAUAUGUGCAUGUGUCACAAAACUUUAGUCACCAAUUAAAAGUCUAUUUGUGUUUCUUUUUUCUUUGUCUUUUUUUUUUCUUUUUAAAUUACUAAACGCAAGACAGUAUCAGUCACGUUCGUUCGAUAAUAAGCAUUAAGAAACAAAAAAGAAAAGAAAAUCUCAAUAAUAGAAAGAGCUAAGAAAAACAAGAGAAAAGAACAAACGAAUGAAGCAUAUAAAAAUUUAAAAAAAUUAAAUGAAACACAUAGGACAUACACAAACACACGCAGUCACUCUCAGUGAUUGAGUACAUUAGAUAUUCCACUGAUAUAGUAACGUGUAGAUGUAUUUGUCCAUUAGUAUUUAUAUCGCGUUAGCGUGUGUUGAUUUAUAAUAAUUAUUAUUAUUAUUAUUAUUAUUAUCAUCAUCAUCAUCAUCAUCAUUAUUAUUAUUACAUUAUUACUGUAUUAUUAUUGCUAUUAUUAAUAUUAUUAUUAUCACACUAUUAUCAUCAUUAUUAUUAUUUUUUAUCAUUAUUAUCAUUAUUAUCACUUAUCAUUAUUAUUAUUUUUUUUAUUAUUAUUAUUAUCAUUAUUGUCUAUCAACAUAUUCCUAUAAAUCGACAAAGAGACGAUUCAAUAUAGCCAGCUAGCCAUCGAGCGUACCAAUAUCGUAAAGAAAAAUUAAUUAAUUAAUUAAUUAAUUAAUUAAUUACUUAAUGAAUUAAUCGAUUAAUUAUUUAAUGAUCUAUUAGUUAAUUAUUAAAUCGAGAGAUACGCGUAUAGCAUAGAAAAAUAAUAAAAAAGAAGUUUGAUAGAAGAUGAAACUCCAUUCCUAUUAAGACGUAAUUUACAGAGAGAAAGAGAGAGAGAGAGAGAGAGAGAGAGAGAGAGAGAGAGAGAGAAAGAGAGAAAUAAUAAAGGGAUGACGGGUGUAUGGACAUGUUUUAUUAUCAGUGUGCGUCUGUGUGCGUGUACGUGUGCGUGAGUGCGUACUAUCUUGCGUAUAUAAUUCUUCAUUUUUUUUUUCAUUUUUUUUCUCUUUUUUUUACUUCUAUUUUUUCUCCUGUUUUUUUUUCUAUUAUCUCCUAUCACGAUGCGUGCUUCCUCGUGCGAAAUCGUAGUGCAAAAAAAAAGAAAAGAAUGGGACAAUGAAAGAAAGUAAAUGAUACGAAUAAGAUUACAAUUAUUUGAGAUUAGGAAAAGUGAGUAAAGUGUGGGGGUGGAUCUGGGAUAAAAAAGAGAAAGAUGAAUGCGAAAAAUAAUGGAUUAGUAAAAAUGCCGAGGAUUUUCAGCACGUAAAAACUGUCUCUCCUCUAUUUUUUUUUUUUGUACUGGUUUGUUACGUUAUUAUUAUUAUUAUUAUUAUUAUUAUUAUUAUUAUUAUUAUUAUUAUUAUUAUUAUUAUUAUAUUAUAUUAUUAUUAUAUUAUUAUUAUUAUUUGUAGAUGAUACAACCUCCCGAUUGUUCUUAAUUUAAAUUGUAAAUCGUAUUUUUGUUUGUUUUUUUAGUUAUUUUUUGUUGUAAAAUGCUUUUUAAUAAUAUUUUUAGUUCACAUUAUAUUUCUGUGCUAUUCUCUUCGCCUUUUUACAACCACCACCAUCACCAUCACCAUCAUCAAUAUAUUAUCAUUACCAUUAUUAUCAUCAUUAUCAUCAUCCUGAUCUUUAUUAUUAUUUUCAUUAUCAUUAUUAUUAUUUUUUUCUAUUUUCUUGUAUUUCAAUCGAGUUUUUAUUUUGGAAUGCUUUUAUCUAUUAUCAUGAUAUUCAUCUUAUGUAUACACGUAUCUAUACACACACACAUACACACACAUUCAUAUAUAUAUAUAUAUGUAUUUUAGAAUGCAUCAUAUGAAUCCUUCGUCCUGAUCUCAAUGACAUUUUUUUCCGAUUUAUUAAUUUUUUUUUUCCCCCAAGGAGAAGUGCUAAAUAGAAAAAAAAAUAAAAACAGAAGCAUCUAUUAUAGGAGAAGCAAGAUGAAAAUUUCUACGAGAGAAAAGGAAAUAAAAUAACCGAACACAUUCUACACAUCCUGUGCAUUCCAUUUUUUUUUUUUUUAUUUCAUUUUUUUUCAGCGAUAACAUAUUAUGUAUAUAUAUAUAUGUAUUUAUUUAUUAUCAGUAGAAAUUAUUUCGUAAGCUUGAGUCCUUAGAUUGGUAGUUAAUUCGUUUGAUUUUUUAAUUUCUUCUUUAAUUAUUUUUUAAACACUCGAUACAUACAUACGUAGACAUACAUACAUGCAUACAUAUUUAUGCAUACAUAUAUAUAUAUAUAUAUAUAUAUAUAUAUAUAUAUAUAUAUAUGUAAGUAUUUCAUAUCAUUUUUGUUAGAACAUACAUGAUAAUAAAUUCUAUCCAUUAGAUACAAUCAUCAUUCAAAUUUCACGAAAUUGCAAUUCGAUAUAGCAACAAAUAUCUUUUUUUCUAUUUUCAUUCGCGAGAGAAAUUAGUGAUAAAUAAAAAAAAAAAAAGAGGAAACAAAACGAAAUGGCGACGAAAGAAUAAAAAUGAAAUGAAGAUAAAGAGGUUCGUCCACAAAAGUAAUCCUCAUGCAUCCCAUGGCUCAUGGCGUCGUAUAUUACAGGUAACGCGAGAAAUGAGAGGAAGAGAGACAAAGAUAGAGUGUGUAUGAACAAGAGAAAGGGAGAGCAUUAAAAAAAAAUAAAAAAUACGGGAACAAUCGUAAUCCUUUACGGUGCUCGACUACGUCGAUAAGCCUGGCAAUCUUGUGUUAUAGUGUUAACGAAAGAUAGAAAGAUAAAAAAAAAGAAGAAAGAAAAACAAAAAUGGAAAGAGGAAAAUUAAGCAGUUUUUUAAAAAACCUCAAGCCGAUUAUAGAUAACAUAAAUAUAUAUAUAUAUAUAUAUAUAUAUAUUUAUACGAUCGAGCAAUUACGUGCAAAUAAUCGAGCGAUACCCAUGUCGAGCGCCGUCGGAUUAACCGGGUCGAGAGGGUUGGGGGUGGAUAAAAAGAAAAAUAAAAAGGGAACACACUGGGGAAUAAGAUGAACGGGAGAUUUAUUUAUAGAAAAAAAGAAAAAGAAAAAACCACAAACAAAAUGAACAAACAAACACAAUACCAGAAAGAAUCGGAAGAGAGAAGGUAAAAAGAAAUUUUUUUUUAGGAAGAUUGUAGGAAUGAGAGAGAGAGAGAGAGAGAGAGAGAGGGAGAGAGGUGGAGAGAAGGAGAAAGAGAUAGAAUUUUUACUAGAAAUUCAAAGAUUCGUUAAAAAAUAAUGUUAUAACCAAAAUGGCGCGGGAUAUACAUAAAAAAAAACAUACGUACAUAAAUACAUACGUACAUACAUACAUACAUACAUACAUACGUACAUAUACACAUACGUACAUACAUACGUAUAUACAUACACGUACAUAUAUAUAUAUUCAUACGUAAGCGAGAGAGAGAAGGAGAGCGAGAGAGAGAGAGAGGAAGAAAAUGGCGGGGAGUAAAUUAUACGCGCGAAUCUCACAAAUGUUUUUCGUCGAAGUAUUUUAUUUUUUAUUACCGGAUAUAUUGUCGUGAUAAUAAGCGAAGGAGAAGAUAAGGAGGAGAAGGCAGUGAGAGAGAGAGAGAGAGAGAGAGGAGAAAGAGAAAAAGAGAGAGUAUUAGCGACGUGUGUUGACUCUGUAAGUGUGAGGGAGUGAUAGAGACCAAACAAACAAAAAAAAAAUUAAAUAAAAUAAAGAUAAAGAACAAAUAAUAAGUAAUUAUUACAGCCAACUGGGCCCAAAUAAUUGUUAUAACGAGAGUGAGAACAAAAAUGAAAGAAAAAAAAAAAAAAAAGAUAGAAAGCAAGAGAGGAUAAAUAAGUAAGAUCGCGAGCGAGAGAGACGGAGAGACAGACGAAUAUCAAAGAAAAAAAAAAAAAAACAAAUAUUCGUAAGUAAGUAAAGUAGGCACAUACGUUUGAACGAAACAAUAUUUUCAACUUGGAUGAUCCAAGGAUCCAAGGGAAUGAUUUAAGAAAAAGAAAGAAAAAAACGAAAAAGGAAAAAAACUAUUGUUGCAUGCCUAGUUAUUAUUAUAUAUUAAUAUUAUAUUAAAUUAUUAUUAUUAUUAUUAUUAUUAUUAUUAUUAUUAUUAUUGUCAUUAUUAUUAAUUGUCAUUAUUAUUAUUAGUAUUGGUUGAUAAUGAUCUCUCAUGCGAUAACGUAUGGCGAUAAAAUGAAAACAAAACAAUACAAUACAAUAAUUUGAAGAUAGGCAAAGAGAAUAAUAAUAAUAAUAAUAAUAAAUAUUGUAUUAUUAUUAUUAUUAUUAUUACUAUUAUUAUUAUUAUUCUCGACAUAAGUGCACUAUUUAUGGACGAAAUUAAAAUAUAGUAACAUUGUAAGAGGAUUCAAAAUGAAAAGAAAAAACGAGACAAAAGCAAACAAAAGCAAGUUAAACAAUACAAAAGAUAUGAGAAUCAACGAUCAUUGCAAAUUAGCCCUACGAUUAUAAUUAUUAUUAUUAUUAUAAUUAUUAUGAUUGCACUGAUCGUUUCCUAGCUCAUAAGGGAUAUAUUUAUUAUACGAGAAAAAAAACAAGCGGAUUAUUAUUAAUAAUUAUUAAUUGUAUCAAUGAUUUUUAUUAUAUAUUAUUAUUAUCAUUAUUAUCAUCAUCAUCAAUUAUUAAUUAUUAAUGAUAAUAAUAAUAGUUAUUAUUAUUAAUAUUAUUAUUAUCGUCAUCACGUAAAUGUGCGAAACAUGAAGAUCGACGGUCGUUGAAAAACGAGAGGAAGAGAGAUUUGUAAGAUUCGUAAAGAAAGAAUAAAACUAGAUAUCGAUAAGAUUGACGAGAUAUCGACAAGAUUUUUUUUUGGUCUUUUUUUUUUUUCUUUUCGAUCGAUCACCGUCGAUCCUCAAGAGUUCUCUCACACACACGCGUUGAAUACGUAUAUACAUGGAUACAUACAACAUAUAUACAUAUACAUACAUACAUACAUACAUACAUACCUACAUACAUACAUAUAUACAUAUUGUGUGUUGUAUAACGUUAAGGGUACAUUUUGUAGGCUUACGUCAGGCUUGUUCUUUCUUAAGAUUUUACUAUACUAUUACGAAAUGAACAAAAUGAAUUAUAAUAAAAAAAGAAAAAAAAAACGGAGAAGACAGGAGAAAAGAAGAAGAAGAUGAAGAAGAAGUAGAAGAAGAAGAAGAAGAAGAAGAAGAGAAGGAAGAAAUACAUUCUUUUUUUUUCGGAAUAAAAGUCGCGUUUUCAAGAGAACGUACGUUUGGUCCAGUAGCAAUAUCAAGAAUAGCAUUCGGAUUGUGUGUGUGAGACAGACGGAUAAAAAGAAAGAGAGAGAGAGAGAGAGAGAGAUUUUAAUAAGCGUAUGCGUGCAUAUGUAUCUUGUAUAUGAAAGAGAACUGGUGUAUUACGAUUUAAUGAAGCAUAGAAUUAAGAAAUCUCCAGUAUUCCAUGGUGUCUGUGUAUUGUAAUCGUAAAUCGUUUUAUCUAUUAUUAUUAUUAUUAUUAUUAUUAUGAUUAUUAUGAUUAUUAUUAUUAUUAUUAUUAUUAUUAUUAUUAUUAUUAUUAUUAUUAUUAUUAUUAUUAUUAUUAUUAUUGCUAUUAUUGCUAUUGUAUAUGCUAUUAUCAAAUGAUGAUGAUGAUGACGAUUAUUAUUACUACUAUUAUAAUAAUAAUAAUAAUAAUAUUAUUAAUAUAACUAUUUUUUAAUCGCGCGCGAGAGAGAGAGAGAGAGAGAGAGAGGCGAGCAUCCCUAUUAGAAAUUUAAGGAGUUAAAAUAUUGAAAGUAAGAGUGUGUGUGUUUAAAGGGGUGAGUAAGAUGAUGCGAAGAAUCUAUACAGGUAUAUAUAUUACAUGUGUAUAUAUAUGUGCGUAAUAUAUAUAUAUAUGUAUAUGUAUAUAUAUAUAUAUUACAUAUAUCAUUAUAAGUCGAGUGUUUUUUCGUCGGCCAUUUUCUGGUGCCGCCCGCCAUCUUGUUAUUACUAUUGUAAGUCGUAAUAAUUGUACGAUUGAAUGUCUAGUCAUGGCCUCUCGAAAUCUUUGCUACUUUGCGAUCGCGCUUAACGAGAAGCGAUGAAUAAAAUAUAGGGUUGAAGGGAUAAAGGGGAAGAGGGAACAGGGAAGAAAAGGGAAAUAAAAUGGAUAAAUAAAAAAAAAAAACAAUUAUGAAGGAAAGAAGGAAUAAGUAAAAAGUGGAAUGGGAAAUCGAUAAUGAUGAUUUCUAAAUGUUGGAGCGAAAUAAUCGUUUUACUGUCCGACAGUUUAGAAAACGUAAGAGGGAUUAAAAGAAAAGAAAAAGAAAAAGAAGAAAGAACGAAAGAUAGGAAAAAAGAAACAAACAAACAAGUAAAAGCACAGACCAAAGAGUUGGACGUUUCUUUAACGUCGUGUUAAACGGUUUAACACAUUUUUAAAACACGUAGUGGACAUACAUACAACAUAUGAUACAUAUAUACGUAUGUACAAAUAUACAUAAUAUAUAUAUACAUAUAUAUGUGUGUGUAUGUAUAUAUGUAUAUAUAUAUACAUACACGAGACACACACAGAGAAAUACGAACGCAAGGGAUAAUAUAUUAUUGCUAGGGAGUAAUAAUAAAGUUUAACUAUUUCGUGUAUAUCGUCGUGAUGUCAUCCUCUCGCUAAUUAAUUAUUGGUAAUUAUAAUAAUUAUUAUCGGUAUUACGGAUGAUAAUUAUUAUCACCGUUUUGCAGCAAUGCUUAUAACAGUAAAUAUAAUAAUAACUAAUAUUUACUAUUCGAAUAAUCUCGUCCUCUUCAUAUAAUUAUUGUCUCUUUGCACAUUAUUAAGAUUAUCGCGAAGUGUGAUUAUUGAGUAUUAAUUAUUAUUAUUACUAUUACUAUUUAUUAUUAUUUAUUACUAUUUAUUAUUAUUAUUAUUAUUAUUAUUAUUAUUAAUAUUAUAAUCUUUAUUAAUUUAUUGACAAUUUAUUAUUAACUUCUGGUAUCGUAAAAUGCAAAAUCGUCAUUUUACCUAUUAUUGCCAUUUAUUAUUAUUAUUAUUAUUAUUAUUAUUAUUAUUAUUACUAUUAUUACUAUUAUUAUUAUUAUUAUUAUUAUUAUUAUUAUUAUUAUUAUUAUUAUUAUUAUUGCUAUUAUUAUUGCUAUUAUUAUUGCUAUUAUUAUUAUUAUUAUCAUUAUUCUUAUCAUUAUCAUUAUUAUUAUUAUUAUUACUAUUAUUAUUAUUAUUAUUAUUAUUAUUAUUAUUCUUAUUAUUAUUAUAUUAUUAUUUUAAUUUUUAUUAAUAUAUAUUCAAACGUCGCUAUUGCCACGAAAAAACAGAACAUUAUUAUUAACGUCGUCUCAUUAUACUCUACAUUAAUAAACACCUACUCGUAUCUAAUAACUAAUCGACAUAAACGCAAGAGAACACGUAAUUCAUACAUAAAUACAUUAGAUUAAUAUAUAUAUAUAUAUAUAUAUAUAUAUAUAUAUAUAUGUAUAUAUAUACACACUACAUAUUUAAAAAUUUACUAUUUAACUAUUAUAUAGAACAUUACGCGUAGGUUUUAUUAAGAAAGUUAAAAGAUGAGAAGUUGAGAACAAAAUGAUACUAAUGAUGAUGAUGAUUUGAAGGUCAAAUUGGGAGAUGGGAAGAAAUAGGGAGACUUAGGAGGAUGUACACACACACACACAACAAGAAAAGAGAUUAACGUAUCAAGUGAAAGAGAGAGAGAGAGAGAGAGAGAGAGAGAGAGAGAGAGAGAAAGAGAGAGAAGAAGACAGAGAAAGAGUAAGAUUAUAAAAGAAAAUGGCGAAGCACAUUGUUUGAUGAUGAGGUUUUAAAAGAUCGUCGAAGCAAGUGGGAGAAGAAACAAAAAAAAAAGUCAUUAAAGAAUUAAAUGAAAAAAAAAAAAAAGAAGAUGAGUGAGAAGGAGAAGAGAAAGGUGAGAGAUAAAAAUAAAAGAAAAAAGAAAAAAAAAAUAGUUAGACCGACGUCGCGACGCACGCGACGUUCGCGUCCGGUUGAGAAUAUAUAUGUAUUUUUUUAAAUUUUGAACUAUCAAAGACAAAAAAAGAGAGAGCGAGCGAGAGUGAGAGAGAGAGAGAGAGAGAGAGAGAGAGAGAGAGAAAGAGAAAAUGUGUGUGAAAGAGAGAAAGAAAGAGAGAGAGAGAAAGAGAUACAGAAAGAGAGAGAGGGAGAGAGAGAAAGAUAGAAAGUGAGUUGUCGGUGAGGAGGUGCGAAGAAAUAAAACAAACCUGGGAUCAGAAAAAAAAAAAACUCUUUGUAGGUUAUUAUUAUAUUAUAAUAACUUUUACCCCCGUGUACCGACGCAGCGCCGCGGUAUUUUUUUCGUCGUCGUCGUCGUCGUUGUCGUCGUCGUCGUCGUUGUCGUUGUUGUUAGGAGGAUAGGUAGGGUGGAUAUGAAGGAGUUGUUUAAAACUAGAAUGCAGGAAGAAGAGAUGAUUUAAAUGAAGAGAGAUAAUGAAAAAAGAAAAAAGUAAAAUAUUUAUACACGCACACGGAGCGGACGCCGUUUUUUCGUUAUAGGCUAUUACCGAUUAGAUGGAUUUAGAAAGUAUAGAGAGAGAGAAGGAGGGAGAGAGAGAGAGAGAAAGAGAUAGUAAUUAUUCUUCGGAGUAUGAUGAGGCGUUCACCGAUCGUUUAUAUAUAUAUAUAUAUAUAUAUAUAUAUAUAUAUAUAUAUAUAUAUAUAUGAAUUUUUGUUUUUUUUUUCUUUGCAAUUUUCCAAUCGCAUUUGUUAAAAAAUCGAAUAUGGUGCACACAAAGUUGUUGUCAUAUGUAAUUCUAAUGUACAAGUUGUUUUUGAUUAACGAUAAUUAUUACUCCGAUGAUUCGUCAGUCAUGUUCCUUUUCUUUUCUUUUUCUUUCUUCGUUUUUUUUCUUCUCGCGCGUGUACCGAUGGAAAAACAAGCGAGUUUGUUUUAUGAUGGAUAUUAAUUAAUUUCGGUCGGAGCAUUAUCCUGAGAAUAUUUUCUUGUUGUGAUUAACAAGCUAUUUUUUUUAAUUGAGAUUUCAAUCUUUAAAUUCUUUAGAAGAGAGAGGGAGGGACAGAGAGAGAGAGAGAGAGAGAGAGAGAGAGAGAGAGAGAGAGAGAGAGAGAGAGAGAGAGAGAGAGAUAGAUAGAGAUAGACCAUCUUUUUUAUUACCACUUUAAUUUUCUCUCUCUCUCUCUCUCUCUCUCUUUCCCUCUCUCUCUCAUUUUCUCUCUCUCUCUCUCUCUUUCUCUUUCUAAUAAAUUUUUCUCUUCUUCCCUCAUUAAUUUCAUAAGACAAUUGCACUUUAACAACCUCAAUGAAUCCGACAAAGUUCCGAAGUUAAUUCAAAGAAGAGAAUGAGAGAGGUGGGGAUAGGUAUAGGAAUAGGGAUAAGGGUAGUAGUAAGGGCAGGGAAAGAGGGAUAGGGCCAGACGAGAGAAGUAUUAGUUCGAUUAGCCUAAACGAUCGAACUCCGAUCUUUAAUAUGAUAAAUGUUAAAAAUUAUUUUUUUUUUCGUCUGAUAACACAAACAAGUUACAUAAAUAUAAAACAUGUAUUUUCUGGCGUGCGUUAACAAUUGCGAAUAAUAAUAAUAAUAAUAAUAAUAAUAAUUAUAAUAAUUAUAAUAAUAAUAAUAAUUAUAAUAAUAAUAAAUAAUAAUAAUAAUAAUGAUAAUAACGAUAAUAAUAACUAAUAAUGCUAAUAUUAAUAAUUAAUAAUUAAUAAUAAUAAUAAUAAUAAUAAUAAUAAUAAUAAUAACAUUAAUUUCAAACAACAAAAAAGAUACAAAGAGAAAAAAGAAAAAAAAAAGGAAUUAAACUCGAAUAUCAAACGAUCAAAAACAAAAAAAAAAAGAAAGAAAGAACAAAAGAUAAAUCAAAAUAAUCGUCGAACGUUGUGAGAGAAGUUAAAGGAAAGAAGAAAAGAAAAAAGAGAGAAUAAAGAAUAGGAGAACAGAAAGCAAAAACAAAAAGAUGAAGAAAUGAUAAAGAAAAAGGUUUUAAUUAUUAUACUAUAGGAAUCAUAAAUAAAGAAUAUAUUUUUUUUAUAGAGAGAUAAUACCGUAUACGAGAUCGGUGAACGCAAAUUAGUAUAGAAUUUAUCUGUCCUUGUGUCUGUGAAAUUUAUUACUACUGCUACUACUAUUACUACUACUACUACUGCUAUUAUUAUUAUUAUUAUUACUACUACUACUACUAUUACUACUACUACUACUAUUACUAUUACUAUUACUACUACCACUACUAUUAUUACUACUACGACGAAUCGUUGCUCUUUCGAGAUAGACACCGUGGCGCUCGUCUUGUUUCUUUCCACUACCAAACCCUCCGUUUAACAAACAAACAAACAAACAAAUAAAUAAAUAGGAGUACGUGUAUGCAAUUGAAAGAGAUAGACAGACAGAGAAAGAGAGAGAGAGAGAGAGAGAGGGAGUAAAAGAUAAAAAGAGAUAAAAACGAAAAAUGAAUAGAAGGAGAAAUGGAAAAAGAAAAAAAAAAAGAAAAGAACAAAAAAAUAAAUAAAGAAAUGGAAAUGAUAUAAAGACUCUUUAAAUAUAAUAAUAUAUGUACAUGUACGUGUAUGUAUAUAUUAUAUUAUAAUAUAUAUACAUAUAAAUAUAUAUUAACUAUUUGUCGUCUGUUUUUAAUAAGGAGGGUUAGGUAUAAGGAAAGGUAGAGGUAGAAAAGUAUAAACUAUAAGUGUCUUCAUGUCAAUUACUCUAGGGAACAUCAAGGACAAAGGUAUAUCGUGUUAAAUAAACCUUUGAACCGAACCGAGAAAACCUUUUAUUCCGGAAAUCUUUUUUCUACCAACUACUUAACAAAAAAUGUACACGUUCUUGAUAUUGUACACCCACUUUGUGUAAAACGAUUCGUCCACUGCUUCUGCACCUUCUUGGCGGACAGUCACGCAAAUGUCAAAACAAAAAGAAAAAGAAUACAAAAACAAAGAAACCAAAGCAAACAAACAAACAAACAAACAAAUAAACAAACAAACGAACAAACAAAUAAACAAAGAGAAUCGAAAGGAAAGAGAGUGAUAGAGAGAGAGAGAGAGAGAGAGAGAGAGAGAGAGAGAGAAAGUGAGAAUGUGAGAGAAUGAGAAUGUUGAGAGAGAGAGAGAGAGAGAGAGAUUUUUGAGUUUGAAAGACGUGUUAAUAAAUAAUUGAUAAUAAUUGAAAACAAGAAAAAAAAAACAAAAAAAGAAGAAAGAUCUUAAGAGUUAAAAGAAAAAAAGAAAAUAAAAAAAGAAAAAGGGAUGAUAGAAAGGAAAAGGAUUUCUCGCUCCUGUGUUAUUAAAAGUCGUAUGGGAAAAGAUUAUCUUUUUUUAAUACUGUUUUUCUUUUCUUUCUUUUCUUUUCUUUUCCUCCCACCCCCCCAUAAAAAUUGGAAUGUCCAUGUGAAAACUCCGUCUAUGUCAUUGAGGAUGAGAAAGUGUAUACGGAUUACGAACGACGUUACGUUUGAUCAAUACAAUAAAUAAAAAAGAAAAAUAAAAAGUUAAUGAUGAUAAUAAUAAAUAAGUGAUAAUGACGGAGAAGGAAACGUGAAAAUAAAUGAUUCGGUACCCUCGGAUCUCUCGUGUUGAUUAACAAUUAAUUAUCAUAAGUUAUAACAAAAAACUAAAAUGGAAUGAAAUAGAAUAAAAUAUAAUGAAGUAAAAUAAAAUAAAAUAAAAUAAAGUAAAAUAAAAUAAAAUAAAAUAAAGUAAAAUAGAAAAUUUCGCAAGGUCUUUUUCCAUCGGUUUUAUUAUAUAUUAUCGUCUGUAUAUGUGUCUGUACGAAUAUGUACAUAUAUAUAUAUAUAUUUAUAUAUAUAUAUAUGUAUAUAUAUAUAUAUACUAAUCCACAGAAAGUUGUUUAGAAUCGUUAUUAGAAAUACAAACGGGGAGAAGUUUUUUCUAACCGACGAACAAAGUUAUCGUGAACAAAUUUCGUCUGUUAAUUAUUAUUGAUCAUUUUGACACUUGUUGAAUUGAAAAAAAAAUCACACACACACACACACACACACACACACGAACGCACAAAAAAGGAAAGAAAUCAGGGACACACAAACACACGGAUACACGCACACAAAUAGACAAGCGAACGUCAUACAAUAAAUAUACACGAAGAAAAGAUAAAAAAGAAAAAGACGGAAAGAAAAAAAGAGAAAGAAAGAAAGAAAGAAUUAAUAAAUAAAAUAAAUGAAAUAUAAUGAAAAAGGUGAAAGGUUUGAAGAGGGUGACAAUCGAAGAAACUCGACGACGUUGUUUUAUCGAACAUAUAAAAUCGAUAUUAUCGGUGCACGAAUUUUUCCUCGUAAUGUUUCAUUACAUUCAAAUAAUUGUUAUGCAUUUAGUGUUUUAAGGAGAGUAGGGGCAGGUGGAAGGGAGUAGUUUGUUUACAUAAUGUAAUUUUAUCACGCAUACAUACAUACAUAAAUACAUACGUACGUAGGGUCCAGUUUUUGAUGCUCAAGUUUAUACAUAGAAAUGUUCGACAUUCUUUUUUUAUUUUUUUUUUUUUAGUCCUUUUUCAAAUCGUCGUAAGUAUAUCUUUCACCGAAGAUCUUAUUCCGGCCUACGUUUCUAUUCGAUUUUAAUAAGGGAUGAUUAAGAGAGAAAGAGAGAAAGAGAGAGAGAGAGAGAGAGAGAGAGAGAGAGAGAGAAUCAGUGUGUUUGUAUGAGAGAGAAAGAAAGAGAUAAUUAUAACGAAAGAUAAAAGAAAAGAAAUGAAAGAAAAGAUUUUUUUUUAUCUGAACUAUUAUCUCGCCAUGAUUAGCAUUUACUAUAUUAUUAAUACAAAUAUAUGUGUAUAUAUAUAUACAUAUAUAUAUAUAUAUUACGUAAUAUAUAAUAUAUAUAAUAUAUACUCUUCACAUGUAUCGUAAAGUGCUCGUAUUUUUUGAAUUGACCGCCUUUUCGAUCACAUACGUGUUACAGGGCCAAUUUUGUGCUUCAAAUCUUCUUGUUAAAUUCUAAUAAUAUUUCUAAUCGUUCUCAGUCAUCGAUGAUUGAUAACAGUUAACACAUAUACACACAUACACGCAUAGACACACAUACACAUACACAGAUGUUGUUAGAUAUCAAAGGAAAAUAAGUAAUAAUAAUAAAAUUCUAGUCUUCUAACGCGAUCAUUGUAAUUCUCCCUACUACUUGUUAUCGUAUGUAACAUUUAUUACAUAAUGGACAGGUUUAAUAAUUGACAAAUUAUUUCGAUAAUCGUUAACAAUUAUUUAUAACAAAUGGGAUUAAUUUUGGAAGUUUUAGAGGAAAAUAGAAGAAAAGUAUCAAAAAAAGGAAAAAAGAAAAAAGAAAAAAAAAAACGAACGAACGAACAAACGAACAAACAAAAGAAAAAAGACUUAUUUUAUACAUACAUUUGUAUGACAAUAGUUUUUUCUAUUAUUACUAUUAUUAUUAUUAGUAUUAUUAUUAUUAUUAAUUCAUUGUCGACAUUGUACGUACAAUAUCGAUGAAACAAUAUCACAAAUCAAUUUAUAUAAUUAUCGCGAGACAAAUUUUUUUCUUUUCUUCUCCACUAAAAUAUUAUUUUCUUUUUUUAUAAUUUUUUUUUCCCCACUUUCGUUUUAUCUAACUUAAAAAAUAAGAAUCGAUCAAAUCGGUAAUUCAAUUCAACCGAUUCGUUGACGAUCUCCAUCGGGCUAAAGUUCACCUUUUAUCCUAUCCAAUCCCUAAUUUUUUUUAAACGAUUCAUCGAUUGUAAUCGAAAUGGUAAUUGAAAGUAGUUAACGAAGCAGUACUUGAUUAACGAAGUUAAACUUACACCCUCGUUCCCCCGAAACUGACCACCACGGUCAUCACUACAGCCAUCCCUUUUAAAAACCUUUCUGUAACAACAUUUAUCGAUUUAUCGAGUCAGUGUCUACGACAAUUUGACUUUUGUUUGAGAAAUAAAAGAACGGUGGGACACAUUUUUCUUCUCUCUCUUUUUUUUUUUUUAUUUAUUUAUUUAUUUAAAGAAGACUUUUAACGUUAUCCAAAAUAACGUUAUCCAAAAUUCUUCGACGAUCUUCACAAUGAUUUCAUAUAUAUUAAAUAUAUAUAUAUAUAUCUAUAUGAACAAUAUUAUUUGUUAGAUUUUCAAUGUUUAAUUUAAACAAUGUCGGACAUAUUUAAUAAUAUACAUAAGUGUAUAUGUAUGUUUAUAUAUACGUAGAGUAUAUAUGAUACAUAUGUAAUAUGUAUAUAUAACAUAAUACGAAGGUGUAUAACAUCUAAUUAAAUAUAAUAACAAUGAAACGUAAAGUAAUCGUAUAGAAUGUUAUUAUCAUAUAUUGUAAACGAAGAUAUAUUUGGCAUUUGAUUGAUAAGAAGGGGAAAGGGAAGGAAAAACUUUGGAGCAUGUUAAAGCGUGGAAAAAAAGGAUCGAGUUUUAUUGACUAAUUCUCUCUCUUUCUCUCUCUUUCUCUUCUUUCUCUCUCUCUCUCUCGAAAGAACGAUAGAAAAAUAGAUAGAUAGAUAGAUAGAUGUUUGAUGGUGUCGAACGAGAAAAUACGCCUAUUGGUUCUAUUUUAUCGCGACAAUGUCAAUAGAUCGAUAUGGUCUAUGUACUUGCUACAUAACUGUGUAUGUAGUCUGUGUAAAAGAGAGAGAGAGAGAAAAAGAGAAAGAGAAAGAGAGAGAGAGAGAGAGAGAGAGAGAGUCACUCACAUUCAAUUGCUUCAAUCGAAAAUAAGCUUUUUUAUUCUAUAUAUAUAUAGAUAUAUUUUCCUUUUUUUUUUUUUACAUGAGGAAAGCCUACCAAAUUCGAAAUAAUGAUAUUAAUUUAACGAUAGUGGAAGUAAAAUUGUUUUUUCUUUUUUUUUUGCUUUUUUGUAUCAUCUCUUUUUUUUUAUUAUUUCUUUGUUUCUUUUCCUCAAAGAAGUUAAAUCAAAUUUUUCGAAUAUUUCCAAAAGGUUUCGAAAAACUGUUGUCAUUUUUUUCUCCCUUUAGUUUUAUUUUUAUAUCUUGCCCAUCAGGUUUGAAACGUCACGUGUUUUUCCGCUCUACCAUAAGAAGAUCGCCAAAUAGCGAAAUAGCGAAAGUGAACUGACGGUAAGAGUCCCAUUUUUUUUUUUCUUUUUCUUCUUCGUUCCUUUUUUACUUUUCGUAUUUUUAUUUCAUAGCUCGUGUCGAAUUUGAAAUCUACAAAGAAAGGAAAGAACAGAGGAAGGAAGGAAGAAAAUGAUCUGCAAAGUCGUAAAAUCGUUUGAAGUAAAAAGAAAAAAAAAAAAAAAGAAAAUAGAGAAUAGAAAUAUUGCAUGGUCGUUGUCGUUAUUUUGUUCUGUUUUUUCUUCUAUCUUGCGAUCGAAAAAAGAAACGAUAUUUUUCUAAAAAAACAAAAAAAAAAGAAAAAAGAAGAGAAGGAAAAAAACAGAUGCGGAAAGGAACACAACAAUCACACGUUAGAAAACUUUUGCUUUUGCUUUGAAACAUUUUGUCUCUGAAACGAGCAACAAUCUCGACGUUGAAAAACAAUAGUCUCUCUCUCUCUCUCUUUCUCUUUCUGUUUCAACCCUUUCUCCAAGUUUUAUUUUCAUCCCUUCGACGAAGUCUGACGUUUCGGUGUAAGAUCGAAUCUAUCGAUUUUCCAUUAUUGAGAUAUCAGCCUUUUUCGCUGAUUUCCUUACUUUUAUCACAUUUACCCCCUUUUCACCCCCUCCGUAAACCCUUCCUCGACCUCGAUUAUUCACUCAUUUCUUAAUGAUCACGUUUCAUGUCAUUUUUUUUUCUAUAUCUCCCUUCUUAUUACCCUCGAGUCGAUCUAAUCGAUUAAUAAUCUAAUGGAUCAUCAAUCUGAUAGAUCAUUAUUAUAAUCCAUAUAAAUAAAAUGAUGGAAAAAGAAAUUUUCCUGGUUAUAAAAAAGAAUUAUUAUUAUUAAUUAUUUUGAAUAGAUUGGAAUUAAUCGACGCCUUCUUCAUUUUUCUUUUUCUUUUUUUUCGUUGUGUCUGUCUGUAAAAAAAAAAAAAAAAGAAAAGGAGAAGAAAAAAUAAAUAUAAAAGUCAAAUACGAAAUAAAAUUAACAAUUUUGGAUUUUCUUAUUUGUUAUCAAUUCGUUAUUAUAAUUAUAUGAUGAAAUAUAAUGUUUUAUCGGAAUUUUUUUAUCAAACGACAAAAAAGAAAGAAAAAGAAAAAAAUAUUCUCCUUUCGACCUUACUUUUCAUUCUCACAAAAUAAUCGAUUGUUCAACGUUAUCAGUGAUAACAAACGAUCACGUCACUAAACUUAUUACUAAACCUAUUUAUUCACCAACACAUUUAUAUUUUAACACAAUAUAACACUUUAACAAAGCACCCGUUACAUUUCUAAGCACGUAAAAAAAGUAUACAUACCUACAUACAUACAUACAUACAUACAUACAUAUAUAUAUAUAUAUAUAUAUAUAUAUAUAUAUAUAUAUGUAUAUAGAAAGAGAGAGAAAGAGAUAGAGAAAGUUACAGAGAGAGAGAGAGAGAGAGAGAGAGAGAGAGAAAAUAAAAUAGAGAUAAUUUUUAAUGAACAUUAAAGAUUAUGAAAGAUUAAGAAUAAUUGUUGUUCGAUUUUUCUUCUGAUCGGUAGUAGGCUCUUUCAGGCGUCACUGUUCGUACGAAUAAUAAAUGGCGAACAACGUCACAAGUGUGUAGCUUAGCAAUAGUGGCCGUAGUUAUAGCUAACUAAAACACUUACCCAUUCACUUCCUCGUGACAUAAAUGAAUUCAAAAAAUAAAAAAAGAAAAAAGAAAAAAAAAGAAACAAAAACAUAAAAAAGAAAAAAGAAAAAAAAAGGGAAAAGAACCAUUGAAAAACACAUUGUCCUUUUUCGUUGGUCCGAAACUCCCACCCGCCACCCCCAACUCCUCACCCCUUUUUACAAAACCUUUUGACAAAAUUCCAUUUCCUAAUUAAAUCCAAUAGAAAUUGUACGGAUUUGAUUACAUGUAUUGUAACAACUUACGAAAUGAUUAUAUGUAUAUAUAAUAUAUGUAUACAAGGUGGAUUAAAAUUCUCUGAUUAGGCCAAAAGUAAUUAAUUAUUUUCAAGUGAUCUUAAAAAUUAAUUAUUCUUUUUCGUGUUUAUUUGAAUUGAUUUUUUUCUCUUUUUUUUUUUCUUUUUGAUUUUCAGAGUGAAAACUGCGAACUUGGCCUGUGUUAUCAGAACAGGAUAUUUCUCGAAAGAGUGUAAUUAAUUUUUUUUUUAUGAAAUCGACUUGGAAGUUUUUGAUUCAGUCUAGAAUUUUUAGUCUACCAUAUAUACAUAUAUAUAUAUAUAUAUUUGAAUUAACGAGAGAGAAAGAUUUCGUAGAAUCUUCGAAGAUAAAUCGAUGAUUGAUUUCGUUUGAUUUUACUCUAUAUGUUGAUUAUCAUCUAAUCUAUCAUUAUCUUCUAAUCUAUAGUUUGAUAUAGUCGAAAUAUUUUAAAUAAUUAACAAUGAAAGAUAUUAGAUAAAUAUUAUUAAUUAUUCGAUAUGAAAAGUUUUAUUAAAGCAGUAUACGGUGUUUUAUUUUUCUAAAUCAUUAUCUAAUUUUCUAAGCUUACGUAGAUGUUAAAUAAAUACUCGCUUAACGAUAAUUAUAUAGCCAUUUGAUAUUUAAAAAACAAAUAAAUAAAGAUAAUUAGAAAUCAGAUGAAAUGAAUUUUAAAUAAAAUAAUACAUUUGGCUUUAUAUAUAUAUAUAUAUCUUUGAAAUUGAUUAAUUUCAUUAAUUAAAUAAUCUUAAUGAUUAAAUGUUUCUUUGAUAAUCAGUGAAAUAACACGAAAUUGGUCAGACAAAAUAUAAAUUAUAACGUUAAUAUUACUAAAGAUCUGGUAAAAAAAUAUUAAAUUAAUCAGACGAAAUACAACAAUCGAUCGAUUCGAGAAUUCUCGAAGAUUCCUUCGAUCGAAUAUGCGUCCAAUUGACAUACACAUAUACACACAUACAUAGUCUUGCACAAAAAAGAAUAUUAUUAGAUGUAUUAGUAAAUAGUGAUAGCGUUAAUAUGAAUAACGAUAAUAAUAUUGAAUAUAAUGAGAUCAAGGUAAAAACUCAUGACGUACAACGAUCAUAAAAUGAUAUUUAAUUAUAAUCAAUUUUACGGAACAUAAUCUCCUCGUUUCUCUUCCUUUCCAUAAUUCACAAACACACACGCACACACUUCUUCGUUUAUUACGUUCGAUCACAUAGACUCGAAAAAAGAAAGGGAUUUAUUAAAAGAAUCGUAAUUAAUUAAUUGAUUCAUUAAUUAAAAGAAAAUACAAAAAAGAAGAGAGAUAGAAAUAAAAAAAAAGGGAAAACAAAUUUGUUAGAAUUUUAUUUGAAUAAUAAAAAGUAGCUAUAGUCUUAUAAAUAAUAUGAAGAUAAAUAUAAUAAUGAUCGUAAUAAUAUUAUUAUUAAUAAAAAUAAUAAUGAUAAUAAUAAUAAUGAUAAUAACGAUAAUAAUAUAAAUAAUAAUGUAGAACGUUCCGAAUUAGUAUGAAAAUUCAUCGUCAUUGAUAUCUCGUUGCAUGUUUCGUUAUCUAAUCAUACUAUCUUUAUCUCCAUUGUUAAAACUAUUUUUAAUUUUUUAACCAACAAAAUUUUUCUAUCGAUAUAGAUUUUGAAUUACGGUCGAGGGAAAAAUUCGAGUUCUUAAAAUAAUAAUAAUAAAAAAAAAAAAAAAAAAAAAAAAAACGGGCUUCCUUCCUUCAUUUAAUCGUCGAGUUUCAACGAAUUCAUUAUCGUAAUUGAUAUUGGAAAUUAGCUGAUGACAAUUUCUUCUAAUUUAUAUACCAUUAUAAAAUUUUCCUUUUUUUUUCUUCUUUCUUCCUUUCCUUUUUUUUUUUUUUCUCUAAUUAUUCGUUCGACAAGGCUUUCGUAAGAAAAAGUAUAGAGAGAUUGUGAUGAGUGAAGUAAAUUAAUUAAAAAAAAAAAGACAAAGAAAAAGAAAACAAAUAAACAAAUAAAAUAGAAAAAUUCAGGGAAUAUUGAAAUAAAAAUACACUUGGCAAUGUUUCAAGGUCAUCCUGGGAAAAAGGUGGAAAGGAUAAUCAUAAGUUCGAAUCAAUGUGCUGUGUUCACAAGGCACAUGCGCGUAUAUGCACACGCUAGACUCAAGGAAAGGGUUAAGAAAGGAUCAAAAAAAAAAAGGGCCACGUGUUGCUCCGUCUUUAUUUUUUUAUUUGAUAUCUCGUCGAAGCAUUUUCGUAUUUCUUUUUUUUUUUUUUCUUUUGUAUCUUAUGAAUCCCACAUAGGAUUUAUUAUAUAUAUAUAUAUAUUUCUUAUAUAAAAAAUAAAUGAAUUCUUAUUUAUAUCUGAUUCAAUAAGUUGAUGAAUUAUUUAAAAAAAAAAGAGGAAGAGAAAAAGACGAAUGAAAUGUUUAUUGAUGUUCUAAAUUGAAAUCGGAAAAUUGUUGUUAAGAGAUAACGAAAAAUGAUUUUGUUCUUUCUGUUUCUUUUUCUUUUUUCUUCUUUGAGAAAUCGUUAGAGAGAUCGUAAAGUUCGGUCUAAAAUAUCUUUCUAUCUCGUCCCCUUUUUCUUGCUUUUGAACUAUUAAUCCAAUAUUUUCUCCUCUUUCAUUUCCUUUCUUUCGUUUCUCUUUUAUCUAUUCUCUUUUUUUCCUUACUUUAUUAUAUCUCUCCCUUCUAAUCUCUUUUCUAUACUAUUUUUAUUCAAAACGAUUUUCUUUCUGAUCAUCUUUUUUCCUUUUUUACUAUUUAUACACUAUUCCUUUUUCUAUUCUGUUUUUCUUCCUUUUAAUCAAUUAUUCUUCUGUUUUCAUAUUCUUUUCCUCUCUCUCUCUUUGUUUUAUAAAAAAGAAAAAAGAUCAAAGAAAUAGCAAAAGAACGAAGAAAAAAAAUAUAUAGAAACGGUCAUAUAUAUAUGUAUAUAUAUAUAUAUAUAUAUAUAUAUAUAUAAAAUUAUAGAGCCGUCGAAUCGAACGUUUACUCGUUUCACUUAAAAUGAAUCCUCGAAAUUCGCAUCGUUACGUCGAUCCACUCGAUAGUUUCACCGUCCGUCGAGUUUAACUGCUAAUUCUCGAAUGGAAAAUAAAAAAGAAUGUUUCUCUUCGUUGAGUAAAAGUAAAGAGAGAGAGAGAGAGAGAGAAAGAAAAAAAGAGAGUGAGUGAAUAGGAUAGAAAGGAUGGGGGAUGGAAAAAAAAGUAAUGCUGGAAAGUCUCUAGGGUCACGUUUGGAAAAUCGUGUAGGAGCUUUUACUACUUUCGAAUGGUACGUGUAAAAGGAAGAAGGGAUGGUUGGAAAUAAGUUUAAAAAGAAAAGAAAAAUAAAAUUAGGAGAGCUUAAGCUAAAGAAAAAAGAGAGAGAGAGAGAGAGAGAGAGAAAUAGAUAGAGAAAAUAGUACUUUUUAAAUGUUUCUCAGUACUCCCACUUAUUUCCUAUUCUCCUAAGACCAAACGAAAGUUUUCUUUUUCCAUUAUUUCUCCAACCUUUUUUUUUAUGACACGUGUCUCGAAGAACUUGCCCGAAGAGACAGAAAAAAAAAAAGAGAAAAAAUGAAAAUGAUAAUAAUGAUAAUAAUAGUAAUAUGCAAGAAGAAAGAGUAACAAGAACUUCGUUUCUAUCUCUCUGCAUUAUUAUUCUUUUCUUUUUUUUUUUUGUUUUGUUCUUUCGCUCUUUUUUUUCUCUUUUUCUUUCGAAUCAAAAUAAGAAGAAAUCCACCGACCGGCCAUAAACGUGAAAUUUUGUCUUUAUGAAUAUCUUUUUUUCCUGAAAUCUUUUACUAAACAAUAACAUUAAUAAUAUUAAUAUUGAUAAUAAUAAUAAUAAUAAUGAUGAUGAUGAUGAUAAGUCUUAAUAUUAAUGAGACAACAACGAUAUGCUCGAUUUUUUAUUCAUUGAAUCAAAAAACAUACAUUAAUAAAAAAGAAAGAAAUAGAAACAAAGACAAAGAGAGAGAGAGAGAGAGAGGAUAAGGAUGGGGGAAACAAACAUUUGUUUACUCAAAAGCACAUUUACGUUCGAUAAUGAAGAUAAUGAAUCCAAUGAAGAUAAGAAUAAAGAAAGAAAAAGAGAGAGAGAGAGAGAGAGAGAGAGAGAGAGAUAGAGGGACCGAUAAAUGACAGAAAGAUUAAUUGAAAAAAAAAGAAUUAAAGAAAGAAAAGAAAAAUAAGAGAAAGAUAAACAAACAAAAGGAAGAAGCGUUAAAUAAUAUAUUUCUUAUUACGUGACAAAUAGAGCUGUGUAAAAAGAAAAAUUUCGAUCCGAGACUCAGGCAUUCCAAUUGAUUAUAAAAUGGGGGUUGCUAGGGGGAGAAAUUACGACUGUUUGAUAACCGAAAGUAAGAGAGAGAGAGGGAGAGAAUAAAAAUUUUCGAAAAAAUAAAAACUUUCACACGCAUACAUUUACACGUACACAUUAACACGAAUAAUGAAAGAAAGAGAGAGAGAGAGAGAGAGAGAGAGAGAAAGAGAGAGAGAGAGAAAUGGUGAAUGAGAGAGAGAGAGAGAGAGAGAGAGAUUGAGAUUGAGAUUGAGAUUGACUGAUAAAAAAAAAAAAAAAAGAAAAGAAAAAAAAAUAAGAAAAAGAAAAAAAAAAGAAGACAAAGAAUAUUAUCGAAAACGAUAAAUCGAUUGUGAACGAUUGAUUCUAACUCUAUUCUAUCUCUAUAUUCUUCUACCGAUUAUAUUUUUCUAUUAUAUUUGUACGUUGAAUUGUAAGCUCUAAUCGACCAAGCGCUGUUCCGUGCUUGUGUGGGCAAACGUGGAAAGGAACAUACAAAAAAGAGAAAUAAUAAUUAAAAAAGAUGAAGAAGAAGAAGAAGAAGAAGAAGAAGAAGAAGAUGAAAAAGAUGAAGAAGAUGAAGAAGAUGAAGAAGAUGAAGAUGAAGAAAAUGAAAAAAAGAGAGAGAAUAAGAAAAAAAAAAGACAAGAAAAGAGGAAGAAAGAAAAGAAAAAGAAAGGAUAAAGUAAAAUAAAAUAAUACUAACGAAUAUAAGCAACAAAAAGAAAGAAAGAAAGAGAGAGAGAGAGAGAGAGAGAGAGAGAGAGAUAGAAAGAGAAAGAGAAAAUACAAAGAGAUAAUGAAAAUGAAAAUGAUAAGAGAUGAUUAAAUGUUAAUAUUGAUUGACAUGGUUUUGAAAAGAGAAAGAGAGAGAAAGAGAAAGAAAGAAAAAAAAAAGAAAUACGUUCGACGAAUCGUAAGCGUUCGAUGUGAAUGAUCGUACGGCACUUGCGUUGCGUUUUGCGAGAUUUUUGAGAUUACGUUGCUCGUUUUUUUGUGAUCGAUCUAGUCUAUCUUUUUUAUAAUAUAUAUUAUAUAUAUAUAUAUAUAAGGAUUAAAAUUAAAAAUAUUAUACAUAACCAAAGAUUAGAAAGAAAGAAUGGGAAAGAAAAACGAGAGAGAGAGAGAGAGAGAGAGAAAGAAAGAAAGAAAGAAAGAAAGAAAGAAAGAAAGAAAAAGAAAAAGAAUGUUACAUCAUUAAUAUAUUUCUGCGUCUUGUUUCGUGCACCGCUGAUAAUUAAGAUCAUAAAAGGGAUAAAGAGAAAGAUAAAAGGAACGAGAAAAUUUGUAAAAGAGGCAGAGAGAGAGAGAGAGAGAGAAAGAGAGAGAGAGGGAGAGAGAAAAAUAAAAAAUACAAGCGUCGAUUUUAAUCGUCGCUUCUACGACGAUGAUUUAAAUUAGUUAAUAAAGAGGUACGUAUUGUAAAAUGGAAACAAAUAGAAACACUAUAACAAUAAGAAUAAUAAUAAUAAUAAUCAUAAUAAUAAUAAUAAAGGAAUAAUAUUCAUGCACAAAUUAAUUUAAACAAAGUUUGGAAGCAAAGAACUUAUAAUAAUAUAUGAAUUUAUUAGAAAGAUAUUUCGAACGAUUUCGGAUUUAUUUCUUGAUUGAUUAAUUGAUUUUUUUCUGAAACUUUCUUUUUUUCUUUCUCGGUAUCUUGUUCUCGUUCGUCGUCUAUUUAUUUAUUUAUUUAUUUACUUAGUUAUUUAUUUAUUGUCCACGUUGGUGCUUUCUUUCUUAUUUUAUUUUAUUUUAUUUUAUUUUAUUUUAUUUUAUCUCAUGUCAUUUUAUUUUUUAUUCUCUCUCGGUUUAGACUGAAAAGAAAAGAAGAAGAAAAAAAAAAAGGAAGAAGAUGCGAGGGAUUAAAACAGAUUGGUCGUAAAUAAAAAUUCAUUUAUUAUUUAAGUAAAACGAAAUACAAAACGAAACGAAACAAACAAAAUAAAGAACGAGAAGUAAAACAUAAGCUCAAAAUUUGUUGUCCUUUACGAAAACAAAGUUCGCACGUUGUCGAAACCUGAUGAAUAAAUCGAUUUGAGUUUGAUUGGAAAUCGAGUUGGGAGCACUCGUUAUAAUCAACAAUGCACGAUUUACGAGGGAUGUUAGAGAGAACGAUGGUGACGAAAAUAUUAAUGUAAAAUAAGUAGAGAGAGAAAGUGGUGUAUUGGGACUAGACGCACACGAAAUGAUCGUAGCAAUCGAUUGAAAAUAAAUGAGUGAACAAAUCAGAAAGAAAGAAAGAAAGAAAAGAGAUCUGUGGUGGAGGGUUAAGAAAAGGAACAAAAAAAAAUGGUCUUUAAAGUUUAGUCGACAGCACAGACAAUUCUUUUAUAUCGCGUUUAUCCAACGUUGUUAAGUGUUAGCAUUAAUAUUGGCCAAAGGAUGAAAAAUGCACGUACAUUUAAACGUACAUAAGUACACGUAAAUAUGACAUACAUACACACACACACACACAGACAGAUAGAUGGACAAAUACAUGUAUACUUUAAUAACAAACGUAUUUAUUACAUGAAUACAUGUAAUACGAACGCAUACGAAAGAAUGAUAGAAAAGGAUUAAAAAAAAAAAGGAACAAAAUUGUAAUGAAUAAAAAAUUGCAAAAAUGAAAUGGGGUGGGGGAGGAUAAAUUAAGUGGAAUGGAAUAAAUUUAAAAGUGAAAAUUGUAAUGAUCGAUUUUAUGUCGUUCGGAUCGUCAGCCAAUCACAUUCCAUACAAUCGAUCGAACGAUAGAUUAUCGAUUAUAGAUCGUUGAAUCUUUCGGUACACGUGCGUUUACAUAUUUUACACAUACGGACACACGCAUACACAUAUGCUACGUGACACACGUUAAUGAACGCAACGUUCGCGUUCGCACGUAACAAAAAAAAUAUAUAUAUGUAUCUUCACAUACACAUAUACAAACACACACAUGUAUACGGAUUAAACGCAUUAUACAUGUACGUAAACACGAACACAGAAACGCAUACCCAUGUAAAGGACCUACAUAAUAUUUACGUACAUAUUAACAAUAUAUAAGUAUGAACACUUAUAUAAUACACGAUUAUAUUCGUAAGAUAAUUAUUACACGUACACGCGUACACACGAUACUAAAUACAUACUUACAUAUUAAAAUAUAUACAUACAUAAAUCUAUAUAUGCAUAUAUAUAUAUAUACAUAUUUUAUAUAUAUAUACAUACAUAUAUAUAAAUAUUGUAUAUUUAUUAUUAUCAAAAAAAAAAAAUUGAUAAAAAAGAAAAAUAAGGAAGUAGAAAGUAAGUUAAUUGUGAAUACUUCGAGGAAUCAAAUUUUGCAUGUUACGCCGAUAAUUGAAUGUAGGGAGCGGGAGGGUAUGGUACGGGGCUGGGGGAGGGUGAUGGAAAGAGCAAAGUAAAAAAAAAAUGUGUGAAAGUGUGAGGAAAUUGUAACACGAGAGAAAAAGAAAAGAAAAGAAAAAGAGAGAGAGAGAGAGAGAGAGAGAAAGAAACGUGACGAUGAGAGAGAGAGUGAAAGUGUGUAAGAGAGAGAGAGAUAAAUGAUAUGUGACGAGUGUGAGAGAGAUGGAAAUAUGAAAUAAUAAUAAUAAUGACGGAUAUACCGGAAAACGGUUAAGCAAGCUCCACGACAAAAGUUACUGCGUGGGGUGCUUGCGCGGCCAUCUUUUUUCUAAGUGAGAGAAAGAGAGAGAAACGAAGAAAAAAAAAAGAAAAGAAAAGAAAAAAAAAAUAAAGGAGAAUAAAAUACAUGAAAAAAUGAAAAGCGUUUGUUUGUAUGCGCGCGUUAAUGUGAGUUUGUGUAUGUUAGAGCGUGCGUGUGCGUGAGUUUUUCGCGCGCUUAAAAAUUCGCGCCCUUCGUGUGACCGGCUCGUGAUCGGUGCGCAUGCGCCCCGCCGUUACUCCCUGGUUACCGAUAUUCACGUUUGUUUGGUUUUUAUUGUCAGAAGUUUCUAUUUUUCCAUAAUACACGAUAAGGAUCGAUAAUAUUUACUAUUGAUAUGUGUAUGUGUGUGAGAGAGAGAGAGAGAGAGAAGAGAAAGUGAAGUUUCGAGAACGUAUAUAAGACGGGUGAAUAAGAAAGAAAGAAAGAGAAAGAACGAACGAACGAAUGAAUGAAAGAUAAAGAAAAAGAAAAAGAAAAAGAGAGCACAGAGAGAGAGCACAGAGAGAGAGAGAGAGAGAGAGAGGAGAGAAAGAAAAAGUAAAUGAAAGAUGAAAAACGGAGAGAGUCGAUCGUUAACUCUGAGAUUAAUAAUUAUUAAUUACGUACGUAACACGAAUUUGUGAGCCGAGUUAACAAACGGCACUUGCUGUUAUAAUAACGACGAACGAAAAGAUAAAAAUGAAAAAAAGAACAAAAAAAAGAACAAAAAAGAAUAAAAAUGAUAAAAAAAAAGAAGUGGAGGGAGAAAGAGAGAGAGAGAGAGAAUGAGUUGGAAGUGGGAUAGUAGAGAAGAUAGUGAAAAAGAAAUGACGGGAAAGUAUAUAAUUUUUCAAACGUAACGGAGGAUCUAAGUCGAUAUUAUGAUAUUUGUAUACAUACGUACAUACAUGUAUAUAUUCGUAUAUAUAUAUAUACAUACAUAUAUAUAUAUAUAUAUAUAUAUAUAUAUAUAUAUAUAUAUAUAUAUAUAGUUACUUCCGAAUUCGUUUGUGCAAAAAGUCGUUUGCGAAACGAUUGAGAUGAAUUGGAAAAAGGAUUGAUGGUUAUUUAUAAAGAGAGAAAGAGAGAGAAAGAGAGAGAAAAAGAAAGAGAGAGAGAAGAGAGAAUAUAUGCAUCCGUGUGAAUAUAAGUGAGAGAGAGAGAGAGAGAAAGAGAUAAUGUGGUACGAAUGAAAAUAAUUUUUUUCUUGUUAUGAACUAAGUGUGCCUAGUCAAUAGAAUAUAUCUGGUCAAUUUUAAUAUAUAUAUAUAUAUAAUAUAUAUAUUAUAUAUUAUUACGAUUAUAUAUUAUUUAAAAACUUGAUACCAUAAUUAUUAUUAUAAAUAAAACCAAAAACGAUGUCAAACCUAUCGGACAUGAUGAUAAAAGAAAAAAAAAAGAGAAAGAAGGGAGUUGGCUGGAUGGAUGAGAAGCUGGGUUUUGGAGAUUUAACAAACAAAAAACAACCAAAAAGAAAGGGGAAAAAACCCACAAGAAAAAAGAAGGAAAUGAAAACAAUUAAUAAUAAUAAUAAUAAUAAUUAUAAUAAUAAUAUUAAUAUUAAUAAUAAUAAUAAUAAUAUUAAUAAUAAUAAUAAUAAUAAUAAUAAUAUUAAUAAUAUUAAUAAUAUUAAUAAUAAUAAUGAUAACGACAAUGAUUGUGCUGUGUUGUACUAUUACGACAUGUUGGCCUGUGACUAUAUUUGUAGCUCUAUUAUACAUACGUACUGUAAUACACAAUGCAUUUUAACAAAAGGGAAUACGAGAAAACAAAAAAAGAUAAAAAAAGAAAAGAGAGGAAUAGAAAAGAAAAGGAAAACGGUAUUAACGAUAGUAAAUGAAAACAAAAAAAAAAGUGGUGUAGAAGGAAAGAGAGAAAGAGAGUGAAAGAGAAAAUAAAAAAACCACAACAACAACAGAAAACAAAACAAAACAAACAAACAAACAAAACAAACAAACAAACAAACAAACAACUACUAUUUACUAUAAUUAUUAAACUUACAAAGGAAUCUAUAAAGGGUGAAAAAUAAGUAAAUUCCAAACGCAUACGUACAUAUAUACAUACGUGUCUAUAUAUGUAGGUCGUGUGUGCAACUGUUUUCUUGUAUAAGAAAAAAAGAGAAAAAGAGAAAAAAAAGAAAAGAUGCAAAAAAAGAGAAAGAAAAUAAAAUGUAAUAAAUUAUUAUUAAACAAAUAAAAUAAAUGAAUAAAUAAAUAAAAAAAAGUAUUUAAAUAAAACGCGUCGAGGAGUGUCGCGUCACGUUAUCGCGCUAAUUUACUGUGUUCCAUGUGUUUUAUUAUGACCAAGGAAAAAAAAAAAGAAGCUUUUAUUGUGAUCAAGUAAAGAAUUAAUUGAUUGAUUGAUUAAUUAACUAUAAUUACAGUUUACUCACUGGUCCCUUAUAAUAAGCAGUUUCGAAUUAUUCGCAUAUAUCGAUAUAAAAAUCGAUCCUUUUCUCUAUCUUUUAUUUUCUUACUCGAUUUAUUUAUUUGUUUAUUUUAUUUCUUGCUCUUUUUAUUCCCUCAUAUCAAUUAUCGUUUUAUCUCGCGAUUGAUAAAGAAACGGUGAGAAAUGAAGAAGAAGAAAACGGUUAAGACAAGAAAAAGGAAAAGAAGAAGAGGGGAAAGAAAGAGAAAUAUAAUUUUUUACGCUACUUCGGAAAAGAUUUUUCGCUCAAUGAUUUUUAUCCUCGUCCUCUUUUCAUAUACUUUUUUUUUUCUUUUUCUUUUUCUUUCUUUUUUUUUUCGUUUCCACGAGAGAAAAUGGCCACACGAAGCGUUAAACUUCCGGACGAUAACGAUAACGAUAACCGUAACCAUUGGUGUACAAAGUGUUUUUUCUUUUUUUCUUUUUUUUUUCUUUAUUCUUUUUUGUUUAUUUUUUUUUUUCUUUUUCUCUUUUCAAUAGAACAUUGAUUCAUCGUUACAUUGAGUUCGAACAAACAAUAUGUCUACGAUCGUUUUUCUUCGACGUUCAUUUUAUCUUAUCUUCAUUUUUCUUUGAUGGUUCUUUCUUUUCAUUUCUCCUCUCUCUCUCUCUCUCUCUAUCUAUCUCUCUCAUUCUCUCUCUCUCUCUCUCUCUUUCUCUCUUUCUCUCUCUCUCUUUUAUUCUUUUGGUUAUUUUUUCAUUUUUUAUCUUUUCACGAAAAAAAUAUCAAACGCGUCUCCUCCGCGUCCGUUGCAACCAUAACGACAAAAACUACAAAAAAAAAGUUGAAAAGGAAAAACUAUCCCGAAAAAUAAUUUAAAAAGGAAACUGAACAAAGGAAGAAAAAGACACAAAAAAGAAAAACAAAGAAAAAUAAAUAAGUGAAAAAAUAAAUUAAUAAAUAAAUACUAAUCAGAGAGAGAGAGAGAAAGAGAGAAAGAGAGAGAGAAAGAGAGAAAGAGAGAAAGAGAGAGAGAAAGAGAGAAAGAGAGAAAGAGAGAGUGUGUGAUGAUAACGAGUGAGAAAGACAGAAAGAGAGAGAUAGAGAAAGAGGAUGAGCAAAUUAGAGGAAUAGACGAAGAAUAAGAAGAAGAAGAAGGAAAGAGAGAAAGAGAGAGAGAGAGAGAAAAAGAGAGAAGAUAACGAGCGAAAGAUAUUUUUUCUAACGACAAAAAAACACGUCCCACCCACGCGGAAUAUUAAACGUAAAUAAAUAAAAAUAAAAAUAAAAAUAAAGAGAACCCUCCCGUUAAAAAAAAAAAAAAAAUAAAUAAAUAAAUAAAAAAUAAAAGGAAAAAAAAAAAGAAGAAGAAAAGAAAAGACUACCCUGUUACGCGCGUGAUCGACGUUGUUAACGAUUGGCUUGUGAUGAAAGAAAAAAGAAAAAGAAAAAAAAAGAAAGAAAAGAAAAGAAAAGAAAAGAUGAAUGAAGAUAAAAAAAAGAAAAUCCAAUUAAUAUGUUGAACGCGAAGAAAGAGAGACAGUGAGAGAGUGAAUGAGAGCGAGAGUGAGUAUGAACGAACGUUCGUUUGAAUGAAUGAUCAGAAAGAGAGCGAGAGAGAGAGAGAGAGAGAGAGAGAGAGAGAGAGAGAAUUAGAAUGGUUCAUAUCAAGUCUGGUUAAUGGGGUAAGAGGGCUAUUUAUUUAGGAUAUAACUAAAUGGUCUGUUUUAAUGUGUCACGGGCUACACGUACUGUACUAUAAUAUCUAACAAUAAAGUAUUUUGUUUGCUUCAAA